AUGGUCAUGACCCCCAUGGAUGCUUUCGACAUCAAUGUCAGCGAGAAUCAGGUCCUGCGCAUCCUGGAAAGAACCUCCUCGAUCACGUGGCUCAUGGAUAUGAUCCUGUCCUUUGCGAGGACGUACGGAAAGCUGAACGGAACCGAGGAGAGACAUCUUGCUGCCACCUCGCGCAACUACUUGCGGACUUGGCUCGUCUUCGAUUUCACACUAGUCUGCUUGGACAUGUUUAUCUUCGUCAUCGAAGAUACGACUUGGGUGCGGUACAUGAGCUUCUUCCGGAUUAUCCGGCUCUUCCGGCUCUUGCGCGUCUUGAGACUGGCGAAGGUGAAGGCACGCAUCGCUGUUCUGGCGCAGCUGCUCCACAUCAUGCAGACUCAGCAUAUAACGGAUCGGGGACUUCUGAUGUUGAACAUUGUCAAGAGCCUUCUGGCUGUCACAGUUAUCAACCACUUCACAGCAUGUACUUGGUACGCGGUGGGCACAAUCUUGAAUGAUGAGAACAACUGGGUCACGGCUCAUUUCCGGGAGCCCGGAGCAGUCCCCAAACCUGACUCGCUGCUGUACCUCUACACCACUGCGUACCACUGGUCGAUCACGCAGCUUACGCCAGCAUCGAUGGAAAUCUAUCCUCAGUCAGCGCGUGAGCGAAUCUUCAAUAUUGCAGUGAUUCUCUUCGGGCUUUGUGUCUUUUCUUCCUUCAUCAGCUCAAUGGCACAACAGCUCUCGGCUUUGCAACAGCUCUCCAAGUCGGACCGCCACAAGAUGCAAGUACUGCGACGGUUCAUCUCUGAGAACAAGAUGAGCGUCGCCCUGGCAACUACCAUCGUGGACUUCGUCCGGCAAAGGAAAAGUCCCCAGGCCCAGCGCCCGCUGAAGGUCAGCGACAUCGAGAUCUUCGCGACAUUCCCAUCUGUGCUGCUGCAGAAGAUUCGAACUGAAGCCCAUUACUUCGUGCUGGGGAAGCACAGCCUGUUCCAGAGCGUCUACCACAACGACCGGGAUACCUUCUCUCGUGUAUGCAACACAUGCAUAGUGGAGCAGUCGGUGGACAGGGGCCAUGACGUGUUCAAGGUUGGCGACAGAGGAGCUGCCAUGUACGUUGUCAACCAUGGCAAGCUGGCAUACGCACUCGGCAUGGACGAUUUGUUCGACCCGACAGACUCGCAGGAGUGGCUGAACUUGAAAGAGAACAACUUGGCCAGCAUCAUCUCUAGUGGAACAGUGGUGUCCGAGGUGCUGCUUCGCCUGAUUUUCCCAAAUUUGAAGACACCCGGAACCCUAAACCCUAAACUCCACUAA